AUCACACACACACACACGCGCGCGCGAGGCAACGGGCGCGCGCGCAGACAGUCCCCGUUCCGAGCGGACCGAUCGAUCCUCGUCCCGGACUCCCCCGCCCUGCGCGUGAGACUCCGGUAACUGAUCCGGUAUGAUGAGCUAUUGGUGUUGUUAUGGUAACGCGUGACGUGAGGACCGCUUCCUCAUUGAGGCGGAUCAAUACUAUGGACUAACAAUCACUAACGGGCUAACGGCGUAAACAAACACAACAACAACAACAAACAAACGGUCUGCAGCUUCCUGUAGAAGCAUGUCUUCCUCCUCCGCCUCCUCCUCCUCCUCCUCCUCCUCCUCCUCUUCCUCGGCGCUGCCCUAUUUCUGCCCUCGCUGCGGCGACGCCUUCCGCUUCCCGUCUGUACCUGAGCUCCGUGCUCACCUGGUGAGCCAACACACCUACGAGACCCUGCUGGUGCUGUCGCAGACUCGGGUCAGGAGCUCCAGGUCUACCGCUGUCCUCCAGGCGCCCCCCGGCCCAUCCGUACCCAACAGACAGAGCUCCUCUCUGGGCAUGGAAGCCCCUGUCUUGGCCUACCUGGAUCUGGCCUCGUCGGAGGCCUCCGUGCAGCUGCUCGGGAAGAUGUUUGUCCCGUCAGAUCGAGCCCUGAUCCCUAAGGGACGCCCGCAGGACCCCUAUACCGCUCUGGCCCUCUUCGGCUUCCCCGGGUCCUUGGAGGCCGGGCUCCAGCCGGGCCUCCCCGGGUCCUUGGAGGCCGGGCUCCAGCCGGGUCUCCCCGGGUCCUUAGAUGCCGGGCUCCAGCCGGGCCUCCCCGGGUCCUUGGAGUCCGGGCUCCAGCCGGGCCUCCCCGGGUCCUUGGAGGCCGGGCUCCAGCCGGGUCUCCCCGGGUCCUUGGAGUCCGGGCUCCAGCCGGGCCUCCCCAGGUCCUUGGAGUCCGGGCUCCAGCCGGGCCUCCCCAGGUCCUUGGAGUCCGGGCUCCGGCCGGGUCUCCCCGGGCUCCAGCCGGGUCUCCCCGGGCUCCAGCCGGGCCUCCCCGGGUCCUUGGAGCCCGGGCUCCGGCCGGGUCUCCCCGGGCUCCGGCCGGGCCUCCCCGGGCUCCAGCCGGGUCUCCCCGGGCUCCAGCCGGGCCUCCCCGGGUCCUUGGAGCCCGGGCUCCAGCCGGGCCUCCCCUGGCUGGAUCGCAAAAUCGCCCUGACGUUCGCGGAGGUAGAGGAGAGGGUGAACCGCAAGGUGCGUCGACUGAAGGCGGAGCUACAGAGGAGGGAGGCGGAGCUAGACUGGGAGAGGCACGGCUGGGAGCGGCUGAAGAGCGAGAAACAGGAAGUGGAGGAGAGGGCGGCGCACCUGUCCAGACAGGUCUCUGUUGCCGUGGAGAUGACGGAGCGGCUGAAGAGAGACCUGGAAGGAAAAGACCUCGAGCUGAGUGAACGACAACAGGAGAUGGUGGACCUCGAGUGCUUCCUCAGAGAGACGGCCGACAGGGAGGCCACGGCCAAGUCCAGACUCCAGGUGUUCAUUGAGUCGUUGUUGGAGCGAGCCGACCGCGCAGAGAGACAGUUGCUGCUGCUCAGCUUGCACACACAUCAUCGUCAUCAUCAGCGCGAAGGGUACGCACCUGCACCCGGCCGGGGGGGGCGGAGCCUGGACGGCAGCACCCAUGACGUCAUCGCCGACAAGAUGCAGGAAACCAUCGGCAACCGGAGGAGUUACAGUGUCUCCGGGGAGCAGCCGUACAGCCAGCAUUCCUCCAGUCUGAGGGGUCGCAUGAGGACCUGGUCUCUGGGCUCUGGGGAAGGGGACCUCCUCCUGUACGCUCCUCCCUGGACCCGAUUGUGGGUCGAGGAUGGAGGUUGUGGGAGAACGUGGAGCAAAAGAAACCGUCGGCAAUACAGCACUGAAGAAGAGGAGGAGGAGGAAGAGGAGGAAGAGGAGGAGGAGGAGGAGGGGUUGUGGAGCAGCGCUGAGAUGAGGAGACUGGUCUUCUCCAGGAAGCACACACCUGGUUCAGGUGAACUGUUCUCUGUCUCCUGUUCCAAACACUUCCCGUUUGCCUCUUUCACAAUAAAAGCCCGGAUUGUCUCCCCCCCCUUUGCAGAAGCCCCCUCUUCCCUCCGCUCGACACUGUCCCGUCGCCACGGCGACAGGCAAUUGGGGGUGGACACCCUGAGGCUGAGGGCGGGGCUUCUCUGCGUAUUUCCUUAUUUGGACGUGCGCUCCCUGCUGCUCGCCGCCGAGGUGUGCUCUGAUUGGCGGUUCGUCGCCAGGCACCCGGCGGUUUGGACACGCCUCCGUCUGGAGGACGCCAGAGUGUCGGCCGAGUUCCUCACCACUCUGUCUCAGUGGUGCACUCAGACUCAGUCUGUGGUUCUGAUCAACCUGAAGCCUCGAAGCAGACGAGCCGACGAGUCGCGUGAAGAUUAUCACAAGAACACACGGGGCAGUGUGGAGCCGGGGGUGGAGGCCCUGCUGCGCUCAGCAGGGGGCAGUCUGCUCCACCUGUCUGUCUCUCAGUGUCCUCACAUCCUCACUGACAGGACGCUGUGGCUCGCCAGCUGCUACAGCAGGAGCCUCCAGAUACUCACAUACAGGAGUUCGUCAGACCCUCUGGGUCACGAGGUUCUCUGGGCCCUGGGUUCAGGCUGCAGGACCAUCAGCAGCCUGCAGGUGGCGCCGGCUCACCCCUGCCAACAACCCACUCGCUUUGGAAACCGCUGCCUGCAGAACAUUGGUCGAUGCUGGCCACGCCUCCAGGCUCUCAGUGUGGGCGGGGCCGGCUGUGGGACUCAGGGAUUGGCUGCUUUGGUACACACCUGUGCUCACCUGCAGGUGCUGGAGUUGGAGCGCAUCACCGACCUCGGCCUGCAGGUGGCGACCGAGCUGUGUGAGGCCGGACUGAAGAGCCUGCAGACUCUGGUCCUGACGCACUCGGCCGUCAGCGGUCAGGCCGUGCUGCACUUCCACAGUAUGUGUCGCAACAUCAGAUCCAUAACCGUGGAAGUCGCGGGGUCGGACUACUUUGAGGAGCCGGACUCUCAGGAGGCCCGACGUCUGUUUGGAGAAAUCCUCAACACGCUGCAGGUUCUUCAGAAACGUCCUGGACUCUGUGACGUCCUGCAGGUUAAAGCUGAAGGACUCUGCUGACCUGAACACACACACACACACACACACACACACACAGACAGACAGACACACACAGAGACACAAACACACACACACACACAUAUUGUCCCAGAACUCUGGCACUACAGUCUCUAAGGAGUUCAUGAAAUAAACAGUUAAAUCUGAAUCUCGUUACUUUAAAGGUGGAACCUUUAAGGUGGAACUUUUAAGGUGGACGUGUAAAGUUGCUCCAACAAACCAAAUUCUUCUCUAAACCUUUUACACAAACUUUAAGUCACUUUAAAGUGUCACAAACUAUUUUUCUACCAGCUAAGUCUUUUUUCACUGUACGUAACCAAUCAUCUAAUGUUUAAUCAAUCCUGUCUAUUAUUAAUAUUCAUAUAAGCCUUGAUUCAUUCCUAUUGAUCCGAUCUAACUUAAAGCCCUCUUCUCUCCGGUUCAUAAUUAAUAUCAUAAAUACUUUACUCCUCUAAAAGCUUUAAGAAACCUCAAUGUUGGUCUUUACAUUAAAAGACCUUCUUUUAGUCGUAGAAACCUUUAUUGUUCCUCGUCUCACUGACAACAAGCACACACACGCACAAAUAGAAUUGCACAUUGACUCACACACCAAAGACACCAAUAAGUCAAUAAAUUAAUAAGUCAAUCAAUCAAUACGUCAAUCAGAUGACUUGUUGAUGACAGAGUGAAUCCAUCAUGUGUCUUUCAACGUCUUUAUGAAUAUUUAAAGUUGCUACUUGUUUCAUUUGACCAUCAAUAAAUAAUUUCUCCUCA